GUGUCGUAACUAUUGUUUCCAAACUGCGUUACCCGCUCCAGCCAGCAGAUGGCGGAUAUUUCAGGUGAUGCUACUUGCGUGACGUAUAAUGGACUGGACGGGACGCUUCUUCAGGAACAACAACACGGCUUCUCUUUCAACCACCUCGGUAGCUUGCUAGCCAACAUAAAACUGAAACAUUGACGCUUUAGACCAUGUUAAUGUACAUGAGCUAAUCUCAGUGUUGUACACACAGUUCAGUUGACGUGUCAACUGGUUAACUUUAACCUAAUUUGCAAACGUGUUAAAGAUUGAUACUGAGGUUAGCACUAGGCUAGUCGCUAAUGCUAACUAACUAGCUAACAUCCCUGAUCAUGAGUUCACUAAACUACUCCUCCCUUGCUAAAGAAGAGGAGGUCUACUGGACGGAGAAAGAAGCUUUGGGACUGAACAUUGUCGUGGAGGAUGAAGAUGAUGUUAUUGAGGAAACAGAGGAAGAACCUUUUAGAGAGGAAGAUGAUGCUAUCUCAAUAAAGGUGAAGGAGGAAGACGUUUUGGGAGUGAAAGAGGAGACAGAAUAUCAGAUUAACACCAGCCCUUUUCACACAGGAGAUAGACAUGACUAUGGUGGAUCCUCUGGGGAGCCUCAACAACAUCCUGAUGCUGACGAGUCCGAGAAGAGUCUCUCCGGAUCAGAACACCAGAUGGACAACGCUAGCCCUUCUACCCUCCCGGAGUCCAUGUGUCGUGCCUCUCCUGGUAGCUCCUUACUGCUGGGUAUGAAGAGGUUGUCUGUGCUGCUGGUGGACUGCAGGAAAACAACAGGGCUGAGUGGAACUGUGAGAGGAGGAGAAGAGAUGAAAGGAUCAGAUUUGACACAUCAAAGAGAAAAAACAAACCCGGAGGAACCAGGGACAUCCAAACCUGCAAGACAACACCUCUGCUCCCAGAUUGGAAAGAGUUUUACCAAGUUAGGAAGUCUGAAAAGACAUGUGAGGAAACACACAGCAGAGAAGCUAUACCAUUGUGCCCAGUGUGGAAAGAGUUUUAACCACUUAGGAAACAUGAAAUCUCAUGAGCGAAUACACACUGGGGAGAAGCCAUACCUUUGCGCCCAGUGCGGAAAGAGUUUUAGCCGCUUAGGACAACUGAAAUGUCAUGAGCGAAUACACACAGGGGAGAAGCCAUACCAUUGUGCCUGGUGUGGAAAGAGUUUUAAGGUCUCAGGAAUGCUGACAACUCAUGAGCGAAUACACACAGGGGAGAAGCCUUUCAAAUGCUCAGACUGUGGGAAGACAUAUUACUCAUCACAGUCACUUAAAAGUCAUGUGAGAAUCCACACAGGAGAGAAUAAUUACUUCUAGUGUGAAUAUUGAUAUUUCACUUCACAUUGACUUCGUCAGAGAACAUACACAGGGGCCCCGUUGUCUUAUUUUGUUGACUGAGAAUGUGUUUACCUGUUUAUACGAAUAUAUGAAAUGUAAUUGUACAACAAAACAUGAAGUGAAUAUGGAGUCUGUCAGUUUGAAUAUAGAGUAGAUCAGAUUCCAUGUGUUUAAAUGGUCCUUUUUUUAAACUCUGUGUUAUUCUCUCUGAGCUCAGAAAUAAAGAAUCUUGGUUUGACUUGGACUCCAGCAGAUCCUUAUUUUAUAAUAUCCACCACAACUCUCCCACGGAUUGCUGUUUAUCAUUGUCUCAAUGAAAAGUUCUUUGUUUUAUUUUCCUGGGGUCAUUUACAAGCCUCCCACUGGUUGAAUAAACUUUGUUUCCACGUCAUUUCUACAAAACAAAUCCAUGAUGCUUGAUUAAUGUGGAAAACUGAUUGGAUUUGUAAAAAGCCAUGAACAUCAGGUCUUUUUUUAUUUUUCACCGAACUGGCAACCUAAAUCCCUUGUGUUGGUUUCAUGUUGAAUUGACUUUAUGUAACAUGUAAAUAGAAACUAGAUGUUUAACUGACACCAGUGGGCUUGUUUGAAUAAGUGGUGGGUGUUGGAUCCACCUGCUGUUGAAUUCCCAUGUGCCGAAUGAAAAAUACAAGUUAAAUUGGUUUCCAUCGCAUUUUCAACUCUUUUUUUCAACUUUCAACUUUUUUUUGUUACGUUGAGUUCUAUAGCAAACUUGCUCUUGUCCCUGUAGCCAGCAGCUCACAGAUACAGUGCUGGUAGGCUAGCUACAUGAUGAAAUUAUUAUGGAUAAGAACGAUAUUUUAUUCGUCAAACAAAAUAAUAAACCAUGUAAAACAAA